AUUUGACACAUGCAUUAACAGUACAAAAUCGUUUUUUGUGAGAAGCUGCAGGUGCAUUUGGCUCGCAAUCAAAAAAAUCGUUUUAUUUUAUGUGUUUUCACGACCGGCCGUGCUAAAAUGGUUUUCGAUAGGGAAAAAGGAAUUCACUCAUCCAAUCAGAAUGAGCAUGUUGAUGAGGAGGAAAGUAGUGAUGACGAUGAUGAUGAUGAUGAUGAUGACGUGACAACGUACAUAUAUGACUUGGACCAUCCUCCACCGGAGUCGAGACCAUACGCCUGUCCAGUGUGUGGCAAGCGAUACGUUCAAAAGUACUUUUUGAUCGCUCACAUGGACAUUCAUAACUAUGAAAAGAAAUUCGAGUGCUACAUUUGCAAGCAAUCAUUUUGGCUGGAACGCGAUCUAUUCAAGCACAUGAAUACUCGCUGCGGCAGAGAUGUUUCACCGGUGCAUGAAAUACCACCACAUCGAAGAAACCCGAACGCUAAGCAGUCGGGAAGUACGGCACGAAAGAAAAAGGUGCGCGAUUCAAAGCGGGAUAAUCAAGUUGACGGAAAGGAUUGUGCUCGUCACGUAGAACGCAGCGCCGCUUCAUCAAAAAGCUCGCCAUCAAACAUUCGACGAGAAUCGAAAACUUACUCCUGUCCGGAGUGUUACAGAGAAUUCAGGCACAAGAACAAUUUGACCAUGCAUUUAAGGAUCCACAGUGGGGAGAAGCCGUUUGAGUGCGGAGUUUGUAAGAAAGCUUUCAGUCAAUCUAGCACUUUGACCAGCCAUCUUCGGAUUCAUACUGGUGAAAAGCCGUUCGAGUGUGGGGUUUGUAAGAAAGCUUUCAGUCAAAGUAACCAUUUGACCCGCCAUCUUCGGAUUCAUACAGGGGAAAAGCCGUACGAGUGCGGGGUUUGUAAGAAGGCUUUCGGUCACAGUCACCAUUUGAUCGACCAUCUCCGAACUCAUACUGGGGAAAAGCCGUACGAGUGCGGGGUUUGUGACAAAGCUUUCAGUCAAUCUAGCACUUUGACCAGCCAUCUUCGGAUUCAUAAUGGUGAAAAACCAUUCGCAUGCGACAUUUGCAAAAAAACAUUUCGACAAAAGACGCACAUUCGUAAACACAUGAAUAUUCACAUUCCAAACAGUAAAAGAAUUUACAAGUGCAAGGUGUGCAUGAAAGUGUUCCACCAGCGACACAUUCUGUCCGAGCAUCGUAAGGACCAUGAAGAAGAAAGUUAAUCGAGACGUCGCAGAGAAUUCGUGACUGUUUCUAGUAGGUUCGAGACUAUUCAUUUAUGAUUGAGAGUAGUUUGGAACGAAGGAGCUGCUGGUUCGUCUUUUUUAAAGUGUUCUGUUUGAAGUUUUUAUAUUUUUAUUUCUAAUGUUUUGACGACGUCUAUAAGAGCGUUGAUCGGAUUUCUGUUUUCAAUUAAAUU